AAGAAGGGGAAAUAAUGCUUUGUCCACGAACACAUAUUCAACAUUGAUUGAAAAUUAGUGGACAGGCAAGAAUUUGCAAGUCAGCUGUUGCAGACGAAUGUUGGCUGUUGAUUUUAAUUAAAGGAUGUCAAAGUCUAAACCGAUUAUUGUCAGGAUCCAGUCAGCAGAUCAUGGGACAAAGAGAAUUGAAGCCAAGCCUAUGGAAAUAGUGGCAGAUUUCUUGAACAAGGUACAGGAGGAGUUUGGAUUAGGUGACACUGGAUGGGGUGUCUACAAGUCACGUGACAAGAAAGAGUGGAUUAGAACAUCGAGGGCAAAAACUCUUGAUUCUUAUAAAAUUAAACAUGGAGACAUGUUGUAUUUGUUCUCCACUGACCGUAAACAGAGUAAUGCCAGCCUCAACAGUGUGAGCAGUGUCGGGUCAGGGGCCUCAAACAUCACAGGAGUUCUGGGGUCUGUCAGUAUAUCUGGCUCCUCCGCAUCUUCAGGCACCUCACAAACUGUAGUGGAGGAUGAGGUAGACCAGCUGCUAUACAAGGAAGAUGGCAAAAUAUACAGGAAGAGGAAUGAACAGUUUUGUCGUCAUGGGCCUCAAGGAAAAUGCUUACACUGUGUCCCUUUAGAACCUUAUGAUGAAGAAUUCCUCAAUAGCUGUGACCCUCCAAUUAAAUUUUUAUCAUUUCAUUCAUACAUCAGAAAAUUGACAAGUGGUGUUGAUAAAGGAAAAUUUGUGUCCUUGGAGAAUCUGAGUUGUAAGAUUAAGCCUGGGUGCAAAGAACAUCCACCCUGGCCAGGAGGUAUAUGUACCAAAUGUCAGCCCAAUGCAGUAACACUCAACAGACAGAGGUACAGACAUGUAGAUUAUGUAAUGUUUGAGAAUGCCUCAAUAGUGGACCGAUUUUUAAACUAUUGGAGAAGAACAGGAAACCAGCGCUUAGGAAUUAUGUAUGGACGAUAUGAACCUCAUAAAGAUACUCCUCUUGGUAUCAAAGCUACAGUGUCUGCUAUCUAUGAACCCCCACAGAAAAGUAGUAAGAACAUGUUAGAGUUGUUGGAGGACCCUGUAGAAGAACAGGUUAACAGAGUGGCCGAGGCCCUGGGGAUUCGUCCAGUGGGCUGGAUAUUUACAGACCUGCUUGCUGAGGAUCUAAACAAAGGCACUGUCAAGCACUUCAGAGGAAACAUUAAUUCCUUUUUUCUGAGUGCCCAAGAAUGCAUCAUGGCUGCUGAUUUUCAAAACAAGUAUACCAAUCCGUGUAAGCUGUCACCUGAUGGACACUUUGGAUCCAAGUUUGUGACAGUUGUAGUCACAGGCGAUUCCUCCAACCAGAUCCAUUUUGAGGGCUAUCAGGUAUCCAAUCAGUGUAUGGCCUUGGUAAAUGAUGACUGUCUGAUUCCAACUAAGGAUGCACCAGAGCUGGGAUACAUCAAAGAAUCAUCAGAAAAACAAUAUGUUCCAGAUGUGUUUUACAAGGUCAAGGACAGUUAUGGUAAUGAGGUCACGCAGUUGGCCAGACCUUUACCUGUGGAAUACCUUCUGGUGGACAUGCCAGCAGCUUUCCCACUUUCUGCUCAGUACACAUUUAAAGCUCACCUGCACACAGAAGCCAAGAUGUUUGCUGUGGAAAACAGACAGACAAUUGGAGAAUCACAGGAUUAUACCUCCCUGUCCACCUAUCUACAACAGUUCCCCCCAGACCGGUUCUUAGAAGCAUCGUCAGACUUCCAUCUCCUUAUUUUCCUGGCUACGUCAGAGAUGAUUCCACUGAAGGACACAUCAGCAGUGUUAUUGGAGGCAGUGAAAACAAAUGAUCAAGACAAAGCAUUUCAAUUCAAGAAGAGUCAUGAAUGGGCAACUGUGGAAGAAAUCAUGGCGGCUCAUGAAUCCUCACCCAGGGUACACAGAGAGACCUCCUAUGUGGGCCCAGGUGCCUCUCCGCUGCCUCCCAUAGGAUCUGGGCCAGGGGCAGGAUUGUGGACCUGUGCCCAUUGUACCUACCUAAAUACACCAGAGAAAAAUGCAUGUGAUAUGUGCUCAUUACCAAAGUGAUUCAAUAUGUCUCUUUGUUUAGUAUUGUAUGGCAAAAGUUUGAAGAUGCAAGUCCUGCUAAAAUGCACACCAUUUCUAAAAAUUGACAGUAAUCAAUGUAUAAAGGUAAAUCUGUUAAAAGAUUUAUUUUCUGUUUAUUUAUUCUCAGGUAAGAAAACACUUUUUAAAAAAAGACACAGACAUUUUAUGUAUUUAUUAAAUUAGUGGACAUGUAUUUAUUUUUGCACAUCUAUUUUUGUAGGCUUAAAAUUAAAACAAGGACAAUAGGCUUAAAUUCUAGUGCUUAUUAUAUGCUUUUUUAUUUGAUAUGGAACAAUUUAUAAAUAACAUUACAAAAAUAUUCUUUCUACAGUGUGUUCUUCUUAAAUUUGAUUCCUACAAGCUGCACACAUUCUGAAACCAGGAUACAUGUAUUUUGAAAAUACUUAAAAUAUUGAUUCCUGUGUUCUCAAACAUUGUUUUGAAUUGAGCCAAUCCAGAUGUACAUGCAAUACAUAAAAGGAAACAUAUAGAAAUUAUUCAUUGUUAAAAUUACCUGAUAUUACACAAAAAAACAUUCUCUGUACAUUAAUGUAAAUUAUUGCUGUUUUGAAAGUGAAAGUACGUAGUAGAUUGGUAUUUUAUGAAGAGGAAUAUCAAAUUGGUGCAUUUUGUUUAAAUAUUGAUAGGCGAAAUGAAGAUGAAGUUAAUAAAUAUUUCAAUGGAUAAAAAA